AAAAAACAUAAUUCUUUUUCCAUGUAGAUAAGAGUGCUGCAAGUAGAAGGAGAUAACUGGGAUAGUGUUGAUAGGAUAAUCCAGUCCUCCAUCAAGAACACACCAGUUGCGUCAUGUCUUAGGAUAAGUGUGGUAUUUGUCCCUGUUAUUGAAGACGGUCAUUGGUGGUGUGCCGCCUUCUCGGUAAACAGGGAGGAGGUGAUGAUCAUAGACUCCAUGGAAACAAAAGAAGCUGCAAAGCUGCAUCACGUAUCAGUAGAGGCAUUGUGCUACGCAAUGGACCGGUAUUUUAGAGCUGUCGACAGUUCCUGGGAUAUCGGGGCUGUGAGCAGAUGGCCGCGUUCUACUCUAAACAUGAAGCAGCAGUCGGACUUGCAUAGCUGCGGAGUUUACAUGUUGUUAGCUAUCAAGCACAAUGCCGAUCGUUUUGUGGAGAGUGUACAAUUGGGAAACAUUGUGGAAGAGCGUAAAUGGUUGCUAUGUGAGGAUGUCAUGUGCGACUUCAACGAGGCCCGCGAAAGUGUGAAGGCUUUCAUGUCCUCUUUGUGA